AUGAGCCGGCAGCCGGCGGUGAAGAUGUCGGCGGCUCCCGUCACGGCGGAGGCUCUGGAGCCGGCGGCGGGGAUGCUGGAGGGGCGACAGAGGAAGUUGGAGUCCAUGAUCCGCGACCCGCGCUCGCCGGUCAACGUGGAGAGCCUACUGGAUGGCUUGAAUUCUUUGGUCCUUGAUCUGGAUUAUCCAGCACUGAGGAAGAACAAGAACAUUGAUAAUUUCUUAAAUAGAUAUGAGAAGAUUGUGGAAAAAAUCCGAGCUUUACAAAUGAAAGCUGAAGACUAUGAGCUUGUUAAGGUGAUUGGAAGAGGGGCUUUUGGAGAAGUGCAGCUGGUUCGCCACAAAAUGACACAGAAGGUUUAUGCAAUGAAGCUACUUAGUAAAUUUGAAAUGAUCAAGAGAUCAGAUUCAGCCUUUUUCUGGGAAGAAAGAGAUAUCAUGGCCUUUGCCAACAGUCCGUGGGUGGUUCAGCUAUUUUGUGCCUUUCAAGAUGACAAAUACUUGUACAUGGUAAUGGAAUACAUGCCAGGUGGAGAUCUUGUCAACCUUAUGAGCAAUUACGAUGUGCCUGAGAAAUGGGCCAAGUUCUACACAGCCGAAGUUGUUCUUGCUCUUGAUGCAAUUCACUCCAUGGGCUUGAUACACCGAGAUGUGAAGCCUGACAAUAUGCUUUUAGAUAAACAUGGGCAUCUGAAGCUGGCAGAUUUUGGCACUUGCAUGAAAAUGGAUGAAAUAGGUAUGGUGCGCUGCGAUACAGCUGUGGGAACGCCCGACUACAUAUCGCCCGAAGUUCUGAAGUCGCAAGGGGGUGAUGGUUACUAUGGACGGGAAUGUGACUGGUGGUCUGUAGGAGUCUUCCUUUUUGAGAUGCUAGUUGGUGAUACUCCUUUUUAUGCAGACUCACUAGUAGGAACAUACAGUAAAAUUAUGGAUCAUAAGAACUCACUACACUUCCCAGAUGAUGUGGAAAUCUCUAAGCACGCGAAGAACCUUAUCUGUGCCUUUUUAACUGAUAGGGAUGUGCGACUUGGGAGAAAUGGGGUAGAAGAAAUAAAGCAUCACCCUUUCUUUAAGAGUGAUCAGUGGAACUGGGACAACAUUCGAGAGACUGCUGCCCCUGUUGUUCCUGAGCUUAGCAGUGAUAUAGAUAGCAGCAAUUUUGAUGACAUUGAGGACGACAAGGGAGACGUGGAAACCUUUCCAAUCCCCAAAGCCUUCGUGGGAAACCAGCUGCCUUUUAUAGGAUUUACCUACUAUAGAGACAAUUUGUUGCUAAGUGACUCCUCUCAGUCUUGCAGAGAAAAUGAAUCCGUGCAAUCUAGUAAAAAUGAGUUUCAGAAAAAACUCAGCAAGCUAGAAGAACAGCUCAGUAAUGAAUUACAAGCCAAAGAUGAACUAGAACAGAAGUACAGGUCUACUAAUACUCGUUUAGAGAAGAUAGUGAAAGAGCUCGAUGAAGAGGUAACUUCAAGAAAGAAUGUAGAGUGUGCAGUCAGACAGUUAGAAAGAGAGAAGGCUCUUCUUCAGCAUAAGAAUACAGAAUACCAGAGAAAAGCAGAACAUGAAGCAGAUAAGAAACGCAAUUUGGAAAAUGAGGUUAACAGUUUGAAAGACCAGCUUGAAGAUCUAAAAAAGAGGAAUCAGAACUCUCAAAUAUCCAAUGAGAAAAUCAAUCAACUACAAAGACAGUUGGAUGAGGCCAAUUCUUUGCUGCGAUCAGAGUCUGAUACUGCAGCCAGGUUAAGGAAGAACCAGACAGAAAGCACAAAGCAAAUCCAGCAGCUGGAAGCUAAUAAUCGAGAACUACAAGAUAAGAACUGCCUGCUAGAGAAUGCUAAACUCAAACUGGAGAAGGACUUCCUCAAUCUUCAGUCAGCUCUAGAAUCAGAAAGGAGAGAUCGAAGUCAUGGGUCAGAGAUUAUCAGUGAUUUACAAGGUCGAAUAUCUAGCCUGGAAGAAGAAGUAAAAAAUGGAAAGAGUGCAUUAGCCAAACUGGAAAUGGAGAAGAGACAACUGCAGGAAAAACUUACAGAUUUAGAAAAGGAAAAGAGCAACAUGGAAAUAGAUAUGACGUAUAAAUUCAAAGUUAUGCAGCAGAACCUUGAACAAGAAGAAGCUGAACAUAAAGCCACAAAAGCACGAUUAGCAGACAAAAAUAAGAUCUAUGAGUCUAUAGAGGAAGCAAAAUCUGAAGCCAUGAAAGAAAUGGAGAAGAAACUCUUGGAAGAGAGAGCUUUAAAGCAGAAAGUAGAAAAUCGGUUGUUAGAAGCUGAAAAGCAGUGCUCCAUGUUGGACUGUGAUCUCAAACAAUCACAACAGAAAAUCAAUGAGCUCCUUAGGCAAAAGGAUAUACUAAAUGAAGAUGUAAAAAACCUGACGUUAAAAAUAGAGCAAGAAACACAAAAGCGCUGUCUCACUCAAAAUGACCUCAAGAUGCAAACGCAACAGGUCAACACCUUGAAAAUGUCAGAGAAGCAGUUAAAACAGGAGAAUAACCAUCUUCAGGAAAUCAAAUUAAGUCUGGAAAAACAAAAUAAUGAACUCCGCAAGGAACGUCAAGAAGCAGAUGGGCAAAUGAAAGAGCUUCAAGACCAACUUGAAGCUGAACAGUAUUUCUCAACUCUCUACAAGACGCAAGUUCGAGAACUUAAAGAAGAAUGUGAAGAAAAGACCAAACUUUGUAAAGAAAUGCAGCAAAAGAUCCAGGAGUUACAGGACGAGAGAGAUUCCUUGGCUGCUCAGCUAGAGAUUACUUUGACAAAAGCAGAUUCGGAACAACUUGCACGUUCCAUUGCUGAAGAACAGUACUCUGAUUUGGAAAAAGAGAAAAUUAUGAAAGAGCUGGAGAUUAAAGAGAUGAUGGCUAGGCAUAAACAGGAACUUACUGAGAAAGAUGCCACCAUAGCCUCUUUGGAGGAAGCAAAUAGGACACUAACUAGUGAUGUGGCUAAUCUUGCUAAUGAGAAAGAAGAACUAAAUAAUAAACUGAAGGAAGUACAAGAACAAAUUACAAAGCUAAAAGAAGAAGAAGCAAAUGUAGGAAAUAUUAAAGCACAAUAUGAGAAACAGUUGUUGAAUGAAAGAACGUUGAAAACCCAGGCUGUGAAUAAAUUGGCUGAGAUCAUGAACCGGAAGGGUCCAGUCAAACGUGGAGCUGACACUGAUGUACGGCGGAAGGAAAAGGAAAAUAGGAAACUACAUAUGGAACUGAAGUCUGAACGAGAAAAGUUAACCCAAAUGAUGAUCAAAUAUCAGAAGGAAAUCAAUGAAAUGCAGGCGCAAAUAGCAGAAGAGAGUCAGAUACGGAUUGAACUCCAGAUGACUUUGGACAGCAAAGACAGUGACAUCGAACAGCUUCGUUCACAGCUCCAGUCAUUACACAUUGGUCUAGACAACAGUAGCAUAGGCAGUGGACCUGGAGAUGCUGACGCAGAUGAUGGAUUCCCCGAAUCAAGAUUGGAAGGCUGGCUAUCACUGCCUGUUAGAAACAACACUAAAAAAUUUGGAUGGGUUAAAAAGUAUGUAAUAGUAAGCAGUAAGAAGAUCCUGUUCUACGACAGCGAACAAGAUAAAGAACAAUCUAAUCCCUAUAUGGUAUUAGAUAUAGACAAACUCUUCCAUGUCCGACCAGUCACUCAGACUGAUGUGUACAGAGCAGACUCCAAGGAAAUUCCUAGGAUAUUCCAGAUUCUAUACGCAAAUGAAGGAGAGAGCAAAAAGGAACAGGAAUUUCCUGUGGAGCCCAUGGGAGAGAAGUCAAAUUAUAUUUGUCACAAGGGACAUGAGUUUAUACCUACUCUUUAUCACUUUCCAACCAAUUGUGAAGCUUGUAUGAAGCCACUGUGGCAUAUGUUUAAACCUCCUCCUGCUCUAGAAUGUCGCCGUUGCCAUAUCAAAUGUCACAAAGAUCACAUGGAUAAAAAAGAAGAGAUUAUAGCACCUUGCAAAGUGUACUAUGAUAUUUCAACGGCAAAGAAUCUACUACUGUUAGCUAAUUCUACAGAAGAACAGCAAAAAUGGGUGAGCCGACUGGUGAAAAAAAUACCCAAGAAGCCUCCAGCACCAGACCCCUUUGCUCGAUCUUCUCCCAGAACUUCCAUGAAGGUACAGCCAAACCAGUCCAUCAGACGACCAAGUCGACAGCUUCCUCCAAACAAACCAAGCUAACUGCUUUCCGUGAACGCAGACGCAAUUCAAGGCAAGAAAACUCAUACUAAUUUUUGGAAGCCCCAGCAGGACCCACACUUUAUCAGCCAGGCCAGGAGAGGCUGUUCCACCCUGUGAGCUUGCUGCCAAUUGCUGCCAUUACACACAGAGUGUGUAACUUUCCGCUUCUGGAGGAUCCAUCAAUGGAGACGUGUUACUUCCAGCCCUGUAGCUGAAAGUCGCUUCCUGGCUUACACACAGUGCGAUAAAUCCGAGGUGCUUUCCCUGCCCGUCCUUGGUCCACUGCUGCUGUGUUAUGCAGCAAACAGUGCUUGUGUCCUCCUGGAUACAGUUGAACAACAAGUUCAACAAGGUUUAUCCUCCCUGCAUAUCCCGUCUAAAGCUACUGCCUUUGAUCCAGCUACCGAGAAGAUGAGUUUACGUACUGGAAAACCACAGGGUCUGCGCUUUCACGGGGCUUGCCUGGGACCCACCCAGACCUCCACCGUACAGAAGUGAAAAAAAGGAUUCUCAGGGAGGGGUGGAAAGUGUGUAAAACUUUACUGCUGCCUUCUGAUCCGUUCCAUGUCUCUUGCAGCUUGAAUAAGAACUCAUGGUCCAGCUUUCAAAGUCCACAAAAUUACUUUACCUUAAGCUUGUGAAUUACCCAGCUUUGUUUCUUUUCCUCAGUCUGUUUUUCUUCUGCAAGUUUCUAAGAUGAUUUAUUCUAAGUACAUUAAAUAACCUGUAAAGAACUUUUCUUAAAUGCAUUUUCAGCAUUUUCUGACCAGAUUUUUGACAAAAUCUUUCUCUAUCAAGAAGAGGCUUAAUUAAAAGAAACGAGACGAGAAGUAAGUAGGGUUUUUUCAUUUAAGAUGCUGGAGCUUUUCAGCCUUUUACAGGUCAAUAACUGUAAGCAUAACAUUAAUUGAUUGCGAAGAAUAGCAUUUAUUAAUACAACCUGGAGAAUGUAUUGCAUGCCACCUGCCACUAGUGGGACCACCUCAGGUAGCUUACACAGCUUAGUGGAAUCUGUACCAGGAUGGUUACAGUCACACUCUCAACCAACAUAGAAGCAUUUAUACAUUUUGUUGGAGCAGUAAAAAAAUCCUCAUCUUUGAACUUGCUCUCAAUAAUGAGAUACCUGAAAUUGUAUGCCUGCAGACAUACCUCCACCCACCCCUUCCUCCUCUAAAAGCAGAGCUUGCAAAGCAGCCACGUUUUCUGACAGUGAGGGUCAUGGCCUGACUGCCGAGUGGGUGCUGACGGAAACAUCUGCUUUUGCAGAUCCCGCUCUUCCACAACAGUCCAAUGAUUUUGCAGGUUGCAAGGAAAACCUGCCACAAAUGCAGUCAGUGCAGUCUUCCCACAGCCUCCAAGGGUGCCAGGACCGUGGUGCCUUGGUUUUAACAUGCCAAUCAAUCAAUGACAGCACUGCAAGUGCUCUUUCAAAAAGGCGCGCCUUGUCAUUUCGGAAAACGUAAUGAGGAACGGAGGCCAGCCGUCCGAUUGCUGCUGUACCUUUUGGCUGCAAAGGCAUUACUUCCCAAAGCAAAAUCCCCUGCUAAUAGUUCUCAAGAAUAUCCUUUUCUCUUUUUUCACUAUACCUACUACAAAUCACUUAGAAUCUGCAAAGUAAAAGCCGAAGCCUUUACGUUCUUCGGCACCCUUAGCACAGACAGGCUGAGCGCUAACAAAGGACUGAGCAGCAGCAUCAAAACCCGAUGACCGUUGGAGAGGAGUCGGCUUUGAUGCGUCGAGGUGCACGUGCAGAUGGGCCGCUGUUGGGAUGGAUUGCAUUUGGGGAGUCUGGGUGUCGCUUCAGGAACUUCUGCUUGAACAUGGUUUUUAACAGUGUUGGUCAAAGUUUCAUUAAUUUCUACGUGUUCUAGUCUCUGCUGUUCCCAAAACAGUAUGUGCAGUGAAUGAGAGCUCAGGUUGAAAAAGAAGAAUUCAUAGUUGAGUUUUUGCUCUUGUCCUAAUAAAAAGUGGAUAUAUCAAAGAAAGUGACUGCGGAUAUCCUGUAUCAGCUGUAUAAACUGUACAAUUUAGGUGUUGCAUGUAAGCGCUACAAUCCCGACGCGAUUUGUGACUUAGUAAAACACAUUUAGAACCUUGAGUUGGGCCGUGACUCAGAUUUUCCUCAUCCUGAAGUACAGACAGUUAAUGUCAAACUAAUUGAGUUGCUUGCAAGACGACAACAAGCAUUUGUUGUUUUUCAAACUCGCAGCAGAUG